AUGAUAUUACUAAGUUCUUUCAAGUCGAAAACUGUUAUUCGUAUACUAUUCCUAUUGUCAUGUCUGUCUGUUAUGGGUUCAGUUUACUUAUGUUAUAUUUUAUUAUUUAUCCUUAAAGACAUUUGUCUUGUUUGUCUGGCUACAUAUGCUGUAAAUAUUUUCAUCUGUAUUUUGUCAUUUAAAUUGUGUAAAAAUGACACUGAUGUAAAGAAAAUAUUGUGA